GACCCCUCACCCCGAGAUGCGACCAUGGACUGCAGGAUCAAAGAAAAUCCAGAGACUACCUUUGAUUUGGUGAUACAAGUAAAAUGCCAGGCUUCUGAAAAUGAAGAUCCUGUGGUUUUGUGGAAGUUCCCGGAGGACUUUGGAGAUCAGGCAAUCCUCCAGAGUAUACCUAAAUUCUGCUUUCCUUUUGACAUUACAAGGGUAACGCAAGUUGGACAGCAUUUUACUUUUGUGCUUACUGACAUUGAAAGCAAGCAAAGAUUUGGAUUUUGUCGUUUAACAUCAGGAGGCAAAGUGUGCCUGUGCAUUCUAAGCUAUUUGCCAUGGUUUGAGAUGUACUACAAACUUUUAAAUACACUGGCAGAAUAUUUAGCUAAAGAACAGGAAGCUGACUUGAAUGAUUUAUUAGAAACAUGGUUUAACCAUUCUGUGCCAGAGGCAAAUACUCCUAUCAGCUUAAAUUUGGUAAAUGAAUUAGUGUUUUCCAGUGAGCACAUUCUGAAAACUCAAUAUUAAUAUAUAUUAAUACAUUCCUACUUUAUUACUCCUGAUUUAACUGGAUUACCAACUGUUCCUGAAAGUAGAAAUCUUACUGAAUAUUUUGUUGCUGUGGAUGUGAAUAACAUGCUUCAACUUUAUGCCAGCAUGUUGCAUGAGAGACGCAUCAUUAUUACCUCCAGCAAGCUAAGCACUUUAACUGCUUGUGUUCAUGGAUCAGCUGCAUUGCUAUAUCCAAUGUACUGGCAGCAUAUAUACAUCCCGGUGCUCCCACCACAUCUCCUGGAUUAUUGCUGUGCACCAAUGCCUUAUUUAAUUGGAGUUCACUUCAGUUUAAUGGAGAGAGUCAAAAGUAAAUCACUGGAGGAUGUGGUGAUGCUAAAUGUUGACACAAAUACAUUGGAAACACCAUUUAAUGACCUGAGCAAUCUACCAAGUGAAGUGGUCUCGGCCCUGAAAAAUCAACUGAAGAAGCAGUCCACAGCUACUGGUGAUGGCGUAGCCAGGGCGUUCCUUAGAGCUCAAGUGGCCUUGUUUGGUUCCUACAGAGAUGCGCUAAGAUACAAACCUGGAGAGCCUAUCAUUUUCUGUGAGGAAAGCUUCAUCAAGCAUCGUUCCAGUUCUACUAAAUAUUUUCUGGAAACUGCAGUGAAUCUCCAACUUUUUAAACAGUUUAUUGAAGGUCGACUUGCAAAGCUAAAUGCAGGAAAAGGAUUCUCCGAUAUUUUUGAAGAAGAAAUAUCGGGAAGUGGAGGAAAUUUAAGAACAUACCAUCAGUGGAUGCAUACUGUGAAGAAAGGAGGAGCCUUGAUCAACACAGCAGUGAACAAAGCUACUCCAGCUGUGAAAACAGCAUACCAAUAUGCAAAAAAUCAUGCAAAACAGGGAAUAAAAGAGGUGAAGAGUAAGUUGAAACACAAGGAAAGAGAAGAUGGCUAUGGAAUUUGUAGCUCAGGUUUUGCACAAUACGCUCCAUUCUGUACCGUUCCUAAUUCUCCAAGAGAGAACACAGAAAAAAGGCGACUUGCACAGACACGCUUUGGGCAUAUUCACACCAAUAUGCAUAAUAAUGAUUCUGCCUUGGAUGAAGAUGCUGAUGAUGAACUAGACCCAGGAAGCAAAUUGUCAUCGGAAGACAGUGAAGAAACAUCUUUCUAUUUGUAUGACAGUGACGACUCUGGGGAAUUAGCCAAAACGUCUGUUCCUCCUGGAGAAAUGGACCUGCUGGGAGAGAUUUUGGAUACACUGAGUACACAUAGUUCUGAUCAAGGGAAGCUCUCAGGGGCAAAAAGCCUGGACUUUUUUCGAUCGAUGGAUGACAUUGACUACAAGUCAAAGAAUAAAUCCAACACCCCAAGUGAGAGCAAUCUUGCCCUGCUCUGUAGUGGUUGGACAUCUGACCUGGCUACUUGGAAUCAGCGACAAGAUGACAACAUCCUCACUGAGAAGACGCUUCCUCAGUCACCAAGGAAACAUGUUCUUUCUAGCAGUUACAGAGAAUCUGCUUUUGUGCUAAAUAAAGAAAACCCUAAACUUACCUCCAGCGCUGAUGACAUGACCUUGCCUAAUAAUCCUCCAAGAUCUCCAAAUUCACACCAAGAAACUAUGCCGGGUCAUUCUCCGCAAACUUUGCAACUGAAGAGUAAGUGGAAUGAAACACUAAGCAGGACCUCGGCAGAGGAGAAGUCACCAAGCUUGAGUCCAAACCCAUCUUUCCUCGUUCCAUGGGAGAGGGAAAGCCAAGAUGGGAAUGAAAUUCUUGAAGAGGGCGGGCUUCUUCAAGAAGUGGUGUCAUUAUGUAAACUGACUUCUGCUUUGAACCAAGGCUUAAACAUUUCAGGGGACAGCUUUUCCAACAGCAGUGGGAAUAAAACGUAA